AUGGAGGCCACAGAAACAGAGCCCACAAAUCCAGAAACUGUUUCGGAUGAGUCAAACCCCGUUGCCGAGGAGAACAGCAUAGAUGCGAGUAAAGAUGAAAACUCCGAAGGGGCUCCAGCCGAACAGGCGUCUUCCGCGUCCGCUAAUAACGAUGGUAAUAACGAAAGCGCCGGUGGCUCCGCGGAUAACGUGGAGAUCGCAGAGGGAGAGCAAUUAGGAGAGUUGCUGUCGAGUGCAGCUGAGACAGGGGACCCAGUCGAUUCUGUGCCAGUAGAAGGAAGUACUGACGACGCUACGGCGCCAGGUGAAGAAGUUGCAGGGGUAGAAACGGAAGAAACAACAGGAAUCGACACAGAAGUUGAACUUAACGAGGGCACGACAGAGCUGCAGGAGGCUCCAACCAGCGAGACAUUUGAAGGCGGGGAGGUACAGGAACUUGUACCAGCAGUGCCGGGGUCAGGGGAGCAGAGCCCCAGACUGACCGAAGAGCAAAAAGAGGCGGAGGAAGGGCUAUCAGUAGAGAGUCCAGAAGGGGAGAGCAGUCUGGGAGAUGAAGAGGAAGAGGCUGAAGAGCAAGACCUGACCCUUGAUUACGAGAAGUAUAAAGCGGAGUUUCAGGAGCUGCAGAGCGAGAGGGACCGGCUGAUCCUGUUCAACAGCCAGCUGCAGAUGAAGCUGGUGGAGUACUUCCGCAAGAAGACCGGGGAGGACGCACGUCCUGAGAAAGACCUGCUGGUGUCGGACCAGGAGCAGCGCUACCUCAAGUACAUGGCCAACAUGGAGGACAUGAGGAGGGAGCACGCGCGGAAAGCGGAGGUCCAGCAGGCGCAGAUCGAGGAGCUGCGCUACCAGAUGCAGGAGAAGCUGGACCAGGUGGACAGCGAGUGGACGGCCUUCAUGGGCCUGAAGAGGGACGUGCUGGUGAAGGCUCUCAGCCAGCGGCGGGGGAAGAUGGCCGCGGUGAUGGAGGUGGACCAGCUCCAGGCCAGCGAGCAGCGCAAGCAGAACGAGCUGGUCCAGGUGCGGCUGGAGAACAUCAAGCUCCGGAACAAGACGCGGAGGCUGGAGGCGCUGCUGACGGCCAGCGAGGAGCUGGCCGGCGGGCUGCACCCCAUCGACUUCGAGCAGCUGAAGAUCGAGAAUCAGACCUACGAGGAGAAGAUCGAGGAGCGCAACGAGGACCUGCUCAAGCUUCGCCGCAAGGUGGGCCAGAGCGUGCAGGUGCUGACGCACAUCACCGAGAAGCUCCAGCUGCUGCAGGAGGAGAACCAGGCCCGCAGGGACCAGCUGGCCGAGGUGGACGCGGUGGUGGCCAGCCGACGGGACGCCCUGAACAAGACCAAACAGGCGCGGGACGGGCUGCGCGCCGAAAACCUGCAGCUCCGCCAGCGGUGCGGGCUGCUGGGGAACGAGACUCUGCUGAGGGACUUCGAGGACAAGGUGGGCGCCUCGGAGUCUCUGGAGCAGAGGCUGGAGAUGCUGAAAUCCCGGCACGCCGAGCUGACGCUCAAGUGCUCCAGCAUCAAGAAGAGGCUGGAUGAAAGCAAGCAAACGUCAGCAGGCCUGAGCGUACACACGCCCACACUGUAAUGCUGGGAAGUGUAGAUACGUAAACCAAAAGGCUACAAAAA